GUUACACGAUGGAGGUUUCCGAAUCGCGAGGUCUCGUUAAGGAUUUAGAUUUGACCCUUCAGCCGCGGAUCGCUCCACGGUACAAAACUUGGCUGCCUCUCGCCACUCAACAGUUAAGGCUCAGAGGCUUGGUGCAGAUAAUAGGCCAUAAUUUACAAGCUGGUGUAAAUGGGGAGAUAUGCUGGUUCUACUACACGUUGCAUAGAUCUAGUAUGUCGUCUCCAUUGUAUACGAGCGAAGCGAUCGACAAUGCUAAUCCAAGGUGGUCGAGUCUUGAAGUGCCAACCCUGCAUGCCACAGGUUAUUCAACAGCCAGUGAGAUUAUUUUGAGGGUCUGGAAGCGCUCAAUGCCAUGUGAUAAUACAGCUGAUGUAACCCUCUUUACAUGGGGAAUCUCAUUCACAGGAUUGGCGUAUAUUGGUCCUAAGCUACCACUUAAUUUAGAAACUAUUCUGAAGGAAAAUUCUUUGAUAUUUCACUUUCAUGGUGGAUACUUUACACCCUCAUAUUGCUUCAUAACAGCUCCCGACUCAAAGCGCUACAUUUACAUAAAUAUAAAUGCAUCUGAAAUAAGGAAUAGUUAUACAGUGAAUAAGCUUAGCAGUUUAAGGAGCAAAAUGCAGGCACUAAAGCAGCAAACGGAAUCGGUGCAAGCACUCAGAGUGCGCAUUGCCUCGGGCGAUGACUUUCAUACUCCCAAGUAUCCACAGACAACUUUAAACAGAUUAUUACAACCACGAAGGGUCAAUAGGGAAAAGAAGUUAGAAAUUAUGAGAAUACGUAAAGAGUUGGAAAUGGCCAAAUUUAGAACAAAAUUAUUAGAACAAGAAAGAGCGCGAAAAAUGGGAGAAAUUCGAGUAUUGAAUCAAUCGCAUACUAAUAUUGUAAAAGAAAAUCAGGAUCACGGUUCUGAUUUAAUGGAAAGAUAUGAAGAGCUGAAUAAAGACGUGGAAAGACUGAAUGAGUGGCGGCAAACUCACAUAGAUACAAGGGAAACAUAUUUGCAAUUGAGCAGCCAACUUGCGCAGAGGCGACGGCAGCUAAUCUCAGAACUGUGUUUAAUAUACCCCAUUAGACAGGACAUUACUGGAAAGUUUAGAAUAAAUGACGUUUAUUUGCCGGACAGCGAGGAAUUGGAUUUAUCGAAUGAUACGCAGGUGGCUGUGGCAUUAGGUUUCGUUGCACAUACAACGCAGAUGAUUGCAAAUUUUUUGAAUAUACCGACUAGAUAUCCUAUUAUACAUUAUGGCUCACGCAGUAAAGUUAUAGAUCAUAUCACAGAAAGUUUACCUGACAACGACAGACAAUUUCCACUGUUUGCUCGAAGCAAAGAUAAAUUACAAUUCCAUUACGCUGUGUAUCUGUUAAAUAAAAAUAUAGCACAGCUUCGAUGGUACUGCGGUCUUCCGACCACCGAUUUAAGGGCUACAUUGCCGAAUCUCGCUACACUAAUCAACAUUAAGCCGAAUCAGAUGCAUUUGGACGAUUCCAAACGAACAUUUUCUACCUCAUCUUUGGACACUGAAAGUGGUAAUGGUAAACAGAAUCCACCUCUGACACCGCCAUUGCAAAAAAUAAUUUUCGAGAAAUGCCAUCGUUCUUCUCGAUCAAUGAGUCAAUUAAAGAGCAUAAAGACAUCUCUGGGAUCCUCUCUGGAUCAGGGCUUAGACAAGCCUGUACAAUCGCCUGCGUUAGGAACUCGAUCGAAACGAAUUUGUAAAUCAGAAGAGAGUGCCAUUGACAAUAAAACUUUGGUACUGGCUAAAGAUAGAUCGAGUAUAAAUAGUAGUAAUGAAACGUUAAACAGUGCCAUUCUGAAUAAUGUUGAUAAUGUAACUCUUAAGAAUGAAGAUGAUUUUGUCGAAAUAAGCGAUAAGAUCAUUAUUGAAAGCAACAUUGAAAUUAUGAUACCUACAUCAGUUUCUAAAGCGAGGAAUGUCGCGGACAGCUUGGAAAGUUCUGUAAGUGCUCGAGAUAGAAGCUCUAAUUCUAUAAGCAGUUGCGAAAUGGCUCUCAGUAGUAGUCAAAAUGAUGUAAAUGAGAGUUUGAAUGGUAAUUCUGUUAUUAAGAGAGAAAGAGUCGAUGAUAGUGUGUUCUCGAUCGAUGACAGUUUAAAAACUGUUAAGGAUGCGAUAGACAGUACAAUGAAGAACGACGAAUGCAAUAUAAGGCAUAAUUCUAGAAACGAUGUUUCACAAAGUUAUGACGCAAAUAACACAACCGUCAGUGAACAGAAUAGUAGUAUUCAUAGACAAGACCCGGAGACUGCCACUUAUAGCAAAGAACGCUUUGUUAAAUCGUGUUCAUCUUUGGACGAUGUGUGUACUUCGGAAGAAUCGGAACAGAAACAAAGAACAAAUUCCAUUUGUAGCUAUUCAAAAGAAUAUACAAAGUAUGCUACAUCACAACAGAAAUAUAACUCUGAAUACAGAGAGAAUAAAUCAGAGUGUUUUCAACAUGCUGAAAAAUGGCCUCAGGAUAUUGUAAAAAACGAACCAUUGAUGGAUACAAGAUCAAUUCUAACAGCAUCAAGAUCAGAUUGCAGUUCGUAUGAUGAGGCAAAAAUGCAGUGUGACAUCCAAGCGUCAAGCGAGUACAUAGAUGUCAUUAGGCGCAGUUCAGAGAAUGUAUGUGCACGCACCGAAGCUUUAGCUAAUAAGAAAACUAGUUUCAAAGUUAUGAAACCGCGUCUUUAAUAUCUGCCUACAUUACAACGUUGUGCUCGAAAAAUACAUCUAAGUACCAAAGGUCUGGAGACAUGUUCAGUUUAUAUUUCAUAAUUUUAUAUAUGUAUAUGUUAAUACGACAAAAAAUCUAAAUCUUUAAAAAGUUGAUUUUUAUUAAUAUUGUAAAAUGUUACAAAAAUAUUUAAUGCCUAUUAUUUAUUCGAAAUAAUACGAAAUGUAAUAAAUCACUGCAAAUUUUACAGUGUGGAUAUAGAAUUACAUAUUUUAUAGUAAAUGGAAGCAAAAUUAUCCAUAAAGAUUAUCCAUAAAAUUAUAAAAAGUCAUUUAUAUUUAUCUAUUAUUCCAUGCAGAUUAUUCUCUGCAGCUUUUUUUUAUGUUUGCAUAAUUAUCAACAACCAUCAUUGAUAACACAUUAUUGAACAUGAUGCAAUAAUAUACAUAAAGAUUGGCAAAACUGAUACUUUUUUUUAGUCAAGUACGUAUCUUUGUACAUGUGAUAGAGCGAUGUGCAGGUGUUAUUAGUUACUUAAUAUAUUUAUGCACACUUGGUGAAAUUAUUAUUACAGUUAAUUGUAAUCAACAGUUAUAAGUCGGGAUUUUUCUAGUUUGGUAGAGAGGUGUAUAUAUGUAUUGAUACACAGCUAUUAAGUUAUGACCCUAUUACUGUAAUAUACCCCACAAAAUUUAUAUUGUUAUUAUCACUGUACGGAAGCCUUUUCAUUAAACUGAGAUAAUACACAAGGUUUGUAUAUACAUACGUAUUAUGUAGAUAUUACACAUUUUUUCACUGUACUUGAAUUAUGUAAUUGACCAAUGUUGAGUUUAUGCUUAUAAUACAAGCAAUCGAAUGCA